AGGCCAUUUGGUGAAACGUGAUAAAACAUUAUAUUUUGAAAAAACAAUUUUAUUACUUCAUUAUACUUGUCUCGAAGUUACUCGGACUUCUCAUCUUCAUCGCUUCCUAAUCAACAUCAUCAUGUUUGGACGUCUGAAGCAGAAAGUUAAGGAAAAGACUGGACGUGCCAAGGCGACAACUCUUCCCGCAGAAGUGGACGAUGCGAUGGGCUACUUCAAAAAUCUGACGCCACGUGUCAAGGACCUUCACAAGAGCAUGACAAACUUGGAAGAUAUUAGCAAGUGGCAGAAGAAAGCCAGUUUCUCUGGCACCCUUGAGAAUUACUCGCGUCUCGGUGACAAGAUCAAUGUGAAACCAUUUAUGGAUGCUGUUGAUGUUAGAAUGGGUGCCGAAGCUGAUGCCGUGAAAGGGGUUCUCGCGAUUUGUGAAAAAUACAAGUCAUUCUACCAAAACGAGGGAAAACUCCACGCGGACAGUAUCGCAAACUUGAAUAGAACUCGGCUCGACAUGGACAGUGCAGCGGAUAAGUAUGCGAACAACGAGAAUGAAGUUAACAAGACUCGUUUGGAUAACAGUACCAAGGAAUUUGAAGUGGCUUGGGAGAGAAUGCGAGAACUGGCGAACGGAAUCAAGACAAUUGAAUCGAACCAUUCUUCCUGGCAAGACAAUCUGAUGAAGGAGAUUAAAGUGGCGUUGCGUAAAUGAAGAAAAUCCUCUUUGCAAAUAAAGAUUUUCUACAUUC